AUGCCUGAUCACUCCCGAUAUUAUGAUGACGCAGAGUCUGUGGUUGGUUGCGACAAUGAACAUGGUCUGCUUGGAGACAUUGCGUAUGAAGCGAGACCAGGCCGACUCGAGCCACUCGAAUACAGCGAGCACCGGCCAUCUAGUCGCCACUCCCAACUCAUCACACAUCCAGUUGCCCUGGUAUUACGUCGGUUAUCAAAUACUCAACGCCUACCCAAGAGGAAGAAGCUCUUCUGCUUCCUGGUCGUGUUCUACUUAUCACUUGUCGGAUUGAUUCACAUCCUUGGGAACAUCCUGCAUACUAAUUUUCCGGAUGACAUGGACAGGAUAGUCCAUCGAUGGAUCGCUGCCUCGGCGGCAACAAUUGGCACUGGGAAUUGGCUUUCCGAUGCGACGAAAGACGUCUAUCCUGUGCAUUGUCACUCGCAUAAUGAUUACUGGAGAACUGUCCCGCUAUUUGAUGCCAUUGCCGCUGGCUGUCCAAGCGUGGAAGCAGAUGUUUGGCAUCAAUAUCAAGACUUAUACGUGGGCCAUCGUCAAUUCCAGCUCCACGCAGACCGCACCCUUCGAAAUUUGUAUAUCAACCCGCUGAUUGAGAUUCUUGAGAAACGAAAUGGGCUCCUUCCGUGUGAAUCUCCAGAAGUAUGCGGUGCUCGUCCGCCACCUGAUCACCCACUCGCUGGAGUCUUCAUUUCUGACCCAGACCAGCCCCUGAUACUGCUUAUUGAUUUUAAGACCUCAGCUCAGUCAACAUGGCGGGAGCUUCAAACACAAUUGAUGCCACUUAGAGAGCGCAAUUUUAUCACGUACUUUAAUGGCACGGCCAUUGUUCCUGGCCCCGUCAUCAUUGUAGCAUCAGGCAAUGCUCCGUUUGCGAACAUAACCCUCAACAAGAACUAUCGGGACGUUUUCUACGACGCCCCUUUAGAAAGGCUCGCUGAUAUGUCCACUAUAUGGCCAAAUCCGAAUCGAGUUAAUCAUGAAACUCGCUGGGCAGAGCAGAAGGGCCGGAACCAGGCACCGAGUCGUCAUAGUUCCGGGUCGCGACAAGCUUUCAACACUGAAAAGGUAGACAGCUAUGGUAUUUCCAAUAGCUAUUACGCGUCUACCAGUUUCACACGCGCAGUGGGCCGUGUAUGGGGAUCGAGGUUGUCACAAGAUCAACUGCAGCUAAUUCGGGCUCAGGUUCGCGGUGCCCAUCAGUUGGGUUUAAAGGUGAGGUAUUGGGGCGUGCCUGCAUGGCCGAUAGGACUAAGAAAUCACAUUUGGCAUAUUCUAAUCAGAGAGGGUGUAGACAUGCUAAGUGUUGAUGACCUGCGGCAGGCAACGACGUGGGACUGGAGAAAGAAAAAGGGGCUUCUAUUCUGA